AUGGAGCAUUUGUCUGAAGGCAAGCGCUCCGAAGAUGCAGCGAGUAUUGCUCUGAAAAUACCAAAUCAUAUACCUCAAUUGAAUCUGAGCUCUCUUCAUGAUAACAAAACAUCGAACUUUGAAAUAUCUCAAUCUGCACGAACAUUCGCUACUGGCAAGACAUUGAGCGUUCUUCCGGCAGUACAUGCCAAAACUACUCGCAAUUCGCAGAAAGAGACUCUGGGAAAGAGCCAAGCAACAAAAUCUCGAUAUACUCAAGUAAGAUUGAAGUCUGAUGUAGCUGUAACGCGCUUUCGUCUCGAUCACUCAUGGCUUAGUGAUUCAAUGAAACCCGAUCUGCACCAGAAGAAAUUGUAUACAGCUCAAUGUUUUGAGGCGCUAACGAAAUGGCAACAGACGAUGAAAAAUGAAUUUCACAAAGCUGUUCUUGUCAGUAUUCUAGACGUUCUACACACUGCAAUUUAUUCAUCUCCGAGUUUAGAGAUGAGUGGAGACUUAAGAUCCUUGACUUUAUCUUCUUUAUCAGACUCACCAGUAGAGAAUCAAAUUCCUUUAAGUGAAACUGGAAUGGUUGAGUAUUUCUCUCUUGUGGCCGAUAUGCAGGAAAAGCUAAAGCUGCAACGACAGGAACGCUUACGUUUGACCACUCAACUUGCGAUGGAAAAGUCCCUUGAACAGGAUUUAUCAGCGCAAUUGCAACUUUUAGAGCAUGAUCUUGCUCAAAGUAACCUGCGCCGUGCGUAUGCACGUGCAGAAAGUGAAGGUGAGCAACGCAUCGUACAGAAUCUAGAGCACGAUUACUCUUUAUUGACUGAACAAGAGCAGAACUAUCAGAGUGAUUGUGAAAAGUUAGAGCUCCAGCUUGCGAAUCAACAAGUUCAAUUGAAAGAAGCUCGCAAUCGACAGCUCUACUUGGAUUUCAUGUCGACUGCCCCUUUAAAGCGGCACAUGGAGGAGAAAAAGUGGCAAGAACAAUACAUGAGACUCACUUUACAAUUACAAAAUGCUGAAAGAGAGAAUCGAAGUUUAGAAGACAAGAUUUGUAAAUUGAAAAAGGAGACUUUGGACUUAGAAACGCAAUAUGCGCGAGAUGUUGAAGCUCAUGAGAAAGCAAAAGUCGAGCUGAAUGAGGUUUGUGCUAAUCAUGAGCAACUAAACGAAGCUUACGAACGAACUCGCGCAUGUUACACACCGAGACCUGAUUGGGAUCGUAUUGUAGCGGAGACGCCGGAGUUGUUGGUAUAUAAGCCGCCAUGGGAAAUGGUUGAAAGUAAAACUAUGCAGGACAUGACUGAUUCAUCUAAUCGAGAUUCAGAUAUUGUUGAAACUGGAGUACUCGAACGUACAGACAAGGAGGAGCUAAGUGAUAAUAAAAAUACUAGUGGGCAGACGAAAAAUCUCGUGAAAGAAAUGCUACAUUGGAUUGAGCGUCUUCAAAAGCAUUGUGGUGCUAAUCUUUAUCUGAGUCGUAUGUGGCAUGACGUCGAGGAAGCACGUGUCGAACUUAACAUUCUUCAUCAUCAACUUGAUCGUGUUGCUCGCAGGAAAUCGAUACUAUCUCUGUUAAAUGUCUUAGAUGCAGAUUCAAUCGCAAUAGCAGCUUCUGGAUCCCCAUCGAAAAAGAAACAAGAGUAUAUCUUGGCGCUUGGAAUGCAUGAAGGCGUGCCACAUUUCUUGCGUCAUUGUGGAAAGUUAAAGCGAAAAGUUCUUCGGAAAAUCGAUGUCGACAAAGUGGUGCGUAAGGUGUGGGUUGAAAAACGUAAGCGAGAACAGCGUAACCCAUUAAAACGUCUUCCUCUGGAGGAAAUACUUUACGAGAAGCUCUAUCGGAAGUAUGGAUUUCAGCCAUUGAUUGCUGAAUGGGGCUACAAUAUUCUACUAGCUCUUCAAACGUUUAGCUGGGACUCGGAGAUUGAAUUGUUUCUAUUAUGUUUGACUGGUGCUGUCUCCGAUCUCGUGUAUAUAGACCAGGAACAGAUGAUUCUGAAGUGUCGACAAUUAUUACUUCGACUUUGUGAGCUUUACAAUGUUGGGAGCUUCGUUGGUGAGAGACGUUUACUGUUAAAAGACGCUUUGGUUGCAUUAAGGACAUUUUUUCCGCUUAAGACGUCAACUCAAUUACAGGCGAUUGAAAAGUCCAUUAUUCGUGAUAUGCACAAGAUGAAACGUGGUGGAAAUGAUUCCAUUUUGUAUAUUGAUGAUGUCAUUCCAAUGAACGACAAGUACCCGCUUGGAUUUUUUGUCAAGACUAUACGAGCCCAGCAUUUUAAGGAAAUUCAGGACUAUUACGCUUUGUUACUGAGUGAAUUAGAGCAGCGAGACACUGAGCAUAAGGGCAUUUUAACGAUUGCAACUAUACAAACCACAAUUCUAACAAUGGAUCCGCUUGCAGACCCUGGAAAGAUACAUCAUAUGAUAAAAAAAGCUUUAGAUAUUAAGACUCAAGGGCAAGCCCAUAUACAUGAGCCUGUAAUAUACAAAGCUGUGUUGAGGAAACUUAAUGCUACAUGCCUCAUGAAAUUUACAUUAAAUUAUGACCAAAACGCUGAAGUAAAUUGGCAUCGUCGACCGGGAACUGUGUGUGCAGUCUCCUCGACCGACAAUACUACAGUAAUGAAAAUAACAGACAGCAGUCAACUCGAAAUAUUACAAUUUGAAAUGAUCAAAGCUCUGUUAGCUGGUUGUACCUUGGGAAAGUCAACUCGUUCCAACUCAUUUCUUCCUGCACCUACAGGUCGCGAUUUGCUGCGUGAAUAA